CUGUUGAGAAGCCUGUCCAAACAGACCUCUCCCACAUUCCCUGGCCGUUCUCCAGUCUGCAGGAGACACCCUUGAGUUCAGCGACUGUGAGGGCUGAGCAGAGGCUGCUGAAGGGAGCCACUGAGUGAAGUGCAGAGAUCCUCUGGCUUCCAGAUGUUAGGCCUUCUGGGGAACACGACCCUUGUGUGCUGGAUCACAGGCACAGCGCUGGCGUUUUUGAUGUUGCUGUGGCUGAUGGCCCUCUGCCUUUUCCACAGAUCACAGGAGCAUGACGUGGAGAGAAACCGAGUCCAACAAGCCCGGCCUCGACUCUUCCAUGGCCGGCGCCUGCGUCUCCCAAGACUCGUUCACCAUCACCACCAUCACCAUGUGACCGGAGUGACCAGUGUGGGCGUUCACCACCACCAUCACCAUUCUCCCCAUCGUCUCCACCACCACAAGCACCACCACCGCCACCACCAUGCUCAUGGAGCCCGCCGCUGAGGCCAAUAGAUAGCAUCUACCUGGCUCUGCCCUCCAUCUAGCAGCAACAUGAGUGGAUCCUGAUGCUGCCACAGAAAAGAAUGUGCCUCUGGGAUGAAGGGGGGUACUGGGACCCUGGUCCUGCUUGGGUUUCAUUUGCAUAUAAGCCCUUCUCCCUAUGUGCAACAGAGACCUGAGAACCACCUGGGUGGCCCUCUACACAAUGUGGGGCUUGAGCUUUGAGCAGGGCUGGCUGAGUUUCCUACCUUGUGACUGCAACUCCUGGUGACCCUGGAAGUAACAAGGGUAUCUGGCAGAACCAGAGCCCAGGUGGAGAUGGAGAGUUCUUCUGAUUGGGGAGGCCUUGUGAUGAGCUUCCAGGGGCAGACUGUGGUACGGGCAUUCACUGCUGCUUGGCUGUAAGAAAUAAAAGCCACCAGGAAGCUU